CUGUGACAUUUUUUAUAGACAAGAAAGUCUGAUGAUAAGACCGUCUUUAAUGAACGAUGGAGUCCAAUUCUACCUGUAAAUCUAUCAAUUUUGAUUUCACACACACAUUUCUGCCCUCAGUCUACGUGGCUGUUUUCGUCCUUGGAGUUAUUGGCAACUGUUUGGGGCUGAAAUCCAUGUAUGAUAACUGGAGGAAAAUUGGUAAUGUCAAUAUCUUUGUGCUCAACCUUUGCCUGGCGGACAUUUUAUAUCUUUUAACCUUGCCCUAUUUGGUGGUUUACUACGCUUCCAGCAGCAAUUGGAUAUUUGGAGAUGUUUUCUGCAAGAUUUUAAGAUUGUGUUUCUGCAUCAACCUGUACGGAAGCAUUGGUUUCCUCACGUGCAUCAGUGUUUACAGGUACCUCGGCAUCGUUCACACUUUGAGAGCUAAAGGCAGAAUUACAACCAGACACUCUGUGGUGAUUGCUUCGCUGGUGUGGUUCUUGGUGUUUCUACAGUGCCUGCCUGAUAUGUUUUUUGACAAAACCAACAGCAAUGUAACAUCAUGUUUUGACACAACGUCGGACAAGUACAUUAGGGAAUACCUGAAGUACAGCGUCGGAAGAACGGUUGUUGGAUUCGCGAUCCCGUUGUUAAUAAUGUUAUGCUGCUACGGACAUGUAGCGUUUACUCUGAUGUCAAGGAAAGACACAGAUGUCAUCUUGAAGCUGAGGUGUCUCCGGCUGGUUGUCAUCCUGACCCUGCUCUUCGCUAUUUGUUUUAUUCCUUACCACAUUUUUAGAAAUUUAAACCUGGCAACUCGAAUCUCCAAACUGGAGGGCGCGUGUCUGAAAUGGUAUUCUAAUGUGUACAUCGCAAACCAAGUUGGUAAUGGAUUGGUCUGCCUGAAUAGUGCGAUCAACCCACUGAUUUACCUCUUUAACAGUGAUGAUUUGCUGAUGAAGUGCUUCGUAAAGUCCGGACGAGCCCCUCAAUCUGCUGCCGUCUCUCUUGUGGCAGACUGUCCCUUACAGAAGCAAACUCUACACAGCAUGGCAAAUUUAUGAAUUAUAGAUGAGUGUUCUAUGUGGUGUGAUGACUUUUUCUCGCCUCGAGUACAUGGCUGUUCAUCAAGAGUGACUGAAACGAUUCAUAUCUUGUUCAUUUUUAUGACAGUUGUGGUUUCUUUGGAACCCCACUCUGUUAUGUAG